CUCAUGCUUAGUAUGAUGUCUUGAGCGACUACGCGCUCUGAGCCUCCACUGAUUACCUAGAUCUUCUAGUAGGGCUACUAUAACUAUAUUUACUAUCGUGGCAAUAAAGGGACCUAACGCAAGUUUUUCAGCAGCACGACCGCUCUCGAGAUGCUAGGGAUAUUGAUAGCCUGCAGGAGAGGACAGAGAAUCGACCAUACUUGUAAACUACUAUCUCUAGACUACCUUAUCAGAUGCGUCGUCCAGUAGAGGUCCGCAAAGGCAGGGGCCAAUAUGCUCCCUACGUAUAUUUCCCGACUUUGGAUUGCCUUCUGUUAAUGAUGGAAGGCCGGUCUGGUCACACACUUAUCCCCGCCCAAUUUUCGCGCUUGCGCUUCACUGGCCGUCCCCGAUCAUUGAAGUCUCUCACUUCAUUUGGUAAACACUUUGCUGGAAUGGGGGAGAGGUCGUGGAUACUUCCAGUCUCAGAAAUCGAUGCAGUAGCCCCUUUUAUGCGGCGACUACGAUGGUGCCGAUUAACUCAACUCCGUCUGACGCUCAAAUCAACGCAUCUGGGGAGAGUGCCUUUGCCUGAGCUUGGUCCCGGAAUGCGAUUUAACCACUAUCCACUGAAAGCCCUCUGUCCGAUUUGCCAACGUGAAUGGCGUUUCCGAUUUGCCGUGUUCUGAUUGAUGAUCGGGAGUGGAGCAAUCAGUUGGCAAUCGAAGCGCCAAAGCGUUGUUGCUCUCUCGACUUGUGAGGCUGAAUCUCUAGGCCAGACACAAGCAACCAAAGAAGCAAUCUGGUUGAGAAGACUUCUCAAUGAGUAGAACAUGAGUCAAGGUAAAGCCGCCACGAUCAUUUGCGGUAACAGCCAAGGAGCCAUCGCCCUCUCUUCGAACCCGCAAUACCAUUCCCGCACGAAACAUAUCGAAAUGCAACGCAAAUGGCAAGGAGAGGUCUAAGACCUUGGAACAGUGCAGCUGAAAUACAUCCCAAAUACAGAGCAAAUUGCUGAUGGGUUCACGAAGCCUCUUCCGCGGGAACGAUUUGAAAGGUUUCG